GGGGGAUAUAAUUUGACCCGCGAAGAAAGGUCUUCGCGUAGGUGUCAAUGCUUGGUGCUCAGUACCCUCUUAAUGAAGGGGUAUGAAGAUUUUAGAAGGGACCUGGCCUCCUAUGGCCAAACCCACAUCUUGAAUUUUUGGGAUGAACUGACCAAUGAGCAGCGCGCUAUGUUAAUCAAUGAUUUUUUAGAAAUCGAUUUUGACCUCCUUAGUCAUUAUUUCGAAUCUGCGGUUUUGAGGUUGGAAAAUAGCCAUUCGGGUAUUGAAGAGAAAAUCUUACCCCCCGACGCGUCUGCAUGUUGUUCUUUAACAUUUUUAAGAGAGCACUCACCCGAAACGCUGGAACUUUAUAAGGAUACAACUUUCAAGGCUGUUCAUGGUGGCAAGGUUGCUGUUCUACUUUUAGCUGGGGGUCAAGGGACUCGUUUAGGUGUUUCUGACCCAAAAGGAAUGUUUAACGUUCAUUUGCCAUCUAAUAGCUGCCUAUACAAAUUGCAAGCAGAAGGACUGAAUAAUAUCGCAUCACUCCAUUGUAGCUGUAAUGGCAACGGCGGACUAUAUAGGGCGUUGCUCGACCGAGGCAUACUUGCAGACAUGGCUUCUAGAGGCGUGGAAUAUGUCCAAACCUACUGCGUGGACAACAUUUUGAUAAAGAUGGCUGAUCCAUAUUUUAUUGGCUAUUGUAUUGAGAAGGGAGCAGACUGUGCUGCAAAGGUUGUUCAGAAGAUAGAACCAACAGAACCUAUUGGUGUUUUGGGGAUAAUUAAUAAAAAAUAUCAAUCUACUGCUAUAUUACAAAUAGUACGCUGCCUCAUGUCUUAA